AUGGCGUCUACGAGUCUUUGCUAUAUGCCACAGAUGCUUGUUAACCGACUUACUGCAUUUGUUGGCCUUGACUCUACCACUAGACUUAUCAAAGAUAGUUGCGGAGAGGAUGGGCACGGUCAGGGGUAUAAGUGCACUGCUUGCAAUCUUGAUCUGCAUAAAUCCUGUGCCACUGUUAAUAUGGCUGAAGAAAAGGUCAUACAGCAUCCGAGCCACCCAGGGCAUUGCCUCAGAUAUGUUCGAUAUUCACACGCGUUUGUAUGCGACGGUUGCAGAGAGUAUGUUCUAGGGAAUGGGUAUAGAUGCGCUGCUUGUGAUUUUGAUCUGCGUAUAUCCUGUGCCACGGUUAAAAUGGCUGAAGAAAAGGUCAUGCAGCAUCCGAGCCACCCAGGGCAUUGGCUCAGCUAUGUUCGAUAUCCACGUGGGUAUAAAUGUGAUAGUUGCGGAGAGAGUAUUAGCGGGAGAGGGUAUAACUGCGCUGCUUGUGAUUUUAAUUUGUAUAAAUGCUGCGCCACCGCUCCUCCAGUUUUGGACCAAAGUUUCCAUGGUGGGAAUGGAAAGUGGGUCCAUUUCCAAAUGAAGCCUCCCGGCGGAACUCAGACGAGUUGCUCGAGCUGUGGACGAAGUGUGUCAGGAUUGGGGUACUAUUGCACAAGCAGCUCGUGUAACUACGCUCUGCACCCCACCUGUGCUUUGCUUCCCCGCCGUGCUCAAGUGGACAGAACUCCCCCGGAACCAGGUAAGCGCAAAAUAAUACGUCAUCCGAGCCACCCAGAGCAUGGCCUCAACUAUGUUCGAUAUCCGGAUGGGUUUCAUUGCAGCGGUUGCAGAGAGGAUAUGCAGGGGAAAGGGUAUAGAUGCGGUACUUGUGAUUUUGAUCUGCAUGAAUGCUGCGCCAUGGCUUCUCCAGUUUUGCACAAUAGUCUCCAUGGUGGGAAAGGAAAAUGGGUCCAAUUCCAAACGCGGCCUCCCAGCGGAACUCAGACGCGGUGCUUGGAGUGUGAACGACGUAUGUUAGGGUUUGGGUACUAUUGCACACGCAGCUCCUGUGGCUACGCUCUGCACCCCACCUGUGCAUCGCUUAAAAGAAGCCAUACUCAAGUGGAAGCACCUCCCACACGCCACACCCAAGCGGAAGCAGCGCCCCGACAACCAGACAAUGAUGAGCGUCGUCGUAGAGGUCGCGCAAUGGCUAUCCGGGGCGGUAAGGUUCUGGGAAAGCUGGCUGUUGGAGCCAUUACAGGAGACCCCACAAGUAUUGUAAGCGCCUUGGUUGACUUGGUUGUAUCUGAUGAUGAUUAG